AUGGCCCGGCCGGGGACACGGGGACAUUCCACCGGACAUUCCCACGGUGGCCGCUGGGACGCGGGGCCCGGCCGGGGACAUUCCCACGGUGGCCGCGAUGGGCCGGGGGGGUCCCGCUGCGGCCGCGUGAGUUUCCCACGGGGUCUGGGACUUGGGGGGUGGUCCGAGGACGUUCCCACGGUGGUGGCCGGACAUGCCCGGGGUCCCUCCCCCUCACCGGGGUCUCUUCCCACAGGUUGUCCCCACUGCGCCCGAGCCUCCGAACCGAACCGGGGGCACUCCCAGGACCCCCCGAUGCCGUGGCCACCCCCGUCCACCCUGCCGGACACCCCCUUCCCCAGCCGGCCGCUGGCCAUGGUGGCCGCGGUGGCCGAGGCGCUGCUGGCCCCCGGCUACUGGGCCCUGGACCGGCUGCUGGCGCUGCAGCCCACCACGGCGCAGCGGGCGCGCUGGCGGCGGCACCGGGCCGGGCACUGCCUGGCCCUGGGCGCUCGGGCCCUGGCGGCACCGGCGCUGGUUCUGGUGCUGCUGCUGGCGCUGCCGCCGGCGCUGCUGGGGCUGCUGCUGUGGCUCCCGGCGCAGGCCCAACGCCGGCCCUUCGUCCUCCAGCACGCGGCCACCGCGGCCACGGCCGAGCCCUGGGACCCGCGGCGAGCCCGCGGCUUCACCUUCCUGACGGCCAACGUGUGCCUGCUGCCCAGCGGGCUGGCACGCUUCAGCAACCUGGGCGACACGCGGCGGCGGGCAGAGGUCAUCGGGCGGAUCCUGGCGGCCGGAGCGCCCGCGGAACCUUCCGGACACCGGCACGGGCUGCUGGAGAGGCGGAGGGGCCGGGGCUAUGGGGGCACCGCGGCGCGGGGGCAGCCGGGCGGAGAUCCCGGGGGGGACACGUGGAGGGUGGGCGGUCCGGUGGCACCGGUGGGCAGCACGAUGGCGUGGCCGGAGAUACCGAUGGCCAGCCGACCACUGAUGGGCAACCCAACACCGAUGGGCAACCCAACACCGAUGGGCAACCCAACACCGAUGGGCAACCCAACAAUGAUGGGCAGCCCAACACUGAUGGACAAUCCAACACCGAUGGACAACCCAAUACUGACGGACAACCCUUGGCCAACCGUUGACUCAGUGCCAACACUGGAGUUGCCGAUGUCCAACUCAACACCGCUGACAAACUCAACAUGGAUGACCAACCCAACUCCAAUGACCAGCUCAACGCUGAUGGCCAACCCAACACCAAUGACCAAUUCAACAACAAUGACCAGCCCAACAUGGAUGAACAACCCAACUCCAAUGACCAGCUCAACACCCAUGACCAACUCAACACCCAUGACCAGCUCAACACCAAUGACCAACCCAACAUGGAUGACCAACCCAACUUCAAUGGCCAACCCAACACCGAUGACCAACCCAACACCAAUGACCAACCCAACUCCAAUGGCCAACCCAACACCAAUGACCAACCCAACGCUGAUGACCAACCCAACGCCGAUGACCAACCCUUGGCCAACCGUUGACUCGGUGCCACCGCUGGCCUUGCCGAUGACCGACCCAACCCUGGGAGCUGCUCCAUCCCCGAUGUCCAUCCCGGGGCCGGAGCGGCCGAUCCCUCUGGCGGACCCGAUGCCCGCGGUGCUGACCGCCCGCAUCCCGCCGGACACCGACUUCGUCUGCCUGCAGGAGGUGUUCGACGGCAGCGCCGCCACCGCCCUGCGCCGGCAGCUGGGCCGGCGCUUCCCGCACGUGCUGUGGGGGGUGGGCCCGGGGGGGCUGCGCUGCGGCCGGCUGCGGGCGCUGGGCAGUGGGCUGCUCCUGGGCAGCCGCUUCCCGCUGCUGGCCGCCCGCUUCCGCCCCUUCCCCAACGCCGCCCGCGAGGACGCGCUGGCCAACAAGGGGCUGCUGGUGGCACAGGUGCUGUUGGGGACGGGGCGGGGCCGGCGCGUCGUGGGGUACCUGGGCUGCACCCACCUGCAGGCGCCCGCGGCCGAUGCCACCAUCCGUGACCAGCAGCUGUCCCUGGUGCUCCGGUGGCUCCGGGAGUUCCGGCGGGACCAGGACCGGCCUGGGGACCUGGUGGCCUUCGAUGUCCUCUGCGGGGACCUCAACUUCGACAACUGCUCCCGGGGUGACAGCCAGAACCAGCGCCACGCCCUGUUCAAGGAGUUCUGGGACCCCGCGUGCCACCACUCGGGCCAGGACCAGCCCUGGGCCAUCGGGACGCUGCUCAACUACCUCAGGAUCUACGAGGAGCCCGUGUCCACCCCCGAGGAGAUGAGGAGGACGCUGUCCCAGCCGUGGGGACGCGAGCAGUUCCUGGCGGGUCCCAUCCUGUCCUGCGGGGCUCUGGACCCGCUGGCCCCGCGGCCGUGGCAGGGCCGGAGAGUGGACAGAGCGCUGCUGCGGCGGGAGCCCGCGCUGACCACUGAGGUCACCGGGUUCUCGGUCAUCACCCAGCUGGCCACACUGUCCGACCACCUGCCCGUGGCCCUGCGGCUGCGCCUGGGGCCCGCUGACCUCUGACCCCCGCUCGGACACGGCGCUGGACACCGACUGGACAUGGGGCUGGACACCGGGAUGGACACUGGGAUGGACACUGGGAUGGACACUGGGAUGGACACUGGGAUGGACACGGCGCUGGACACCCGGCU